AUGGCAUGUUUGCUUCGUACCGCUGUUUUACGGACGGCUAGCUCGGUGUCGGUUGGUGGGCCGUCCAAGAUGGUGGCAGAUGCAGCAAGGUUCUCAACAUCGACGAGUAUUUUUAUUGCGGACGACAAGAAGGAUGCAUCAUUCGCACGCGAUCAUCGACCACAUUCAGCUGCUGGAGUUGGACCGGCUGGUGCAACCUCGUCGUCGCUGCAUGCUAAGCAAGAGAAGCUCGGCGUGGAAUCAGGUUUGUCUGGAGGCAAAACGCAACAAGAUGCGAUCAAUUCUGCGAUGGGUGUGCUCGACCGGCUUGCGAGGGACGUCGCUUCGAAUCGAACAAGCGAUUCGGCCUCGGUCGCUGGAUCUCAACCCGGCUCGGAUGCAUCAGGAAUCACGACAGCAAUCACGACUCCCUCAACACCGCUUGCUGCAGUACACGAUUCUACCAUCGGCCCCAUCUACUCGCCCUCGACGCUGCCACCUUGUACCGAUCCGACAUUAGAGUUCUUGACCAACCUGCUUAUGAAGGACGGUAAAAAGGCACAGGCUCAACGCUUCAUCACGCGCACUCUCUCGAUUAUUUCGUCGGUGACCAACUCGAACCCUCUACCGCUGAUCCACGAUGCCAUCUACAAAGCGGCACCUUUGGUCAAGGUGCAGAGCAAGAAACAGGGUGGUAAGAGCUUGCAAGUGCCAGUAGCUCUGACGCAAAGACAAAGUACCAGAAAGGCGUUGACGUGGAUCAUCGAGGCAAGCAAGAAACGACCCGAUCGAGAGUUGGAGCGAAGAUUGGCCGCCGAAUUUCUGGCUGUGGUCGAAGGAACAAGUAGCGCCAUUGUCAAGAAGGAGGAACAGCACAAGAUUGCUACGGUCAACAGGGCGAAUGCUGCGGUCAGGAUUUGA